AUGAAACUACGACAUUUCCGCGAUGCAUCGUUUGUGAUGCUUUGCCCGGCGACAUCAAUCGGGGACUGGGAGAGGGGGGACCACGGUUUCUACAACGCCACUCAUCUUCAUGCAAAGUGGCAUGCAACUGGUCGGUUGCAUCUGGCGGGUGGUGUGGUGUUAACAACUAUCACAUACAGGUGGUACAUACUUUGCGAUCGCAGAGGCGUGAAUUCUCUUCCCAUGAGGACGUCGUCGGUCGUUGUCAGUAGCUGCCAGCAAAGACUACGUUGA